AUGGCGGACUCAUUUUAUCUUCGUUAUUACGUCGGACAUAAAGGAAAGUUUGGGCACGAGUUCUUGGAAUUUGAAUUCAGACCUGAAGGAAAAUUGAGGUACGCGAAUAACUCCAAUUACAAGAAUGACACAAUGAUACGGAAAGAAGCAUAUGUAAGUAAAUCAGUGAUGGAAGAGCUGAAAAGAAUUGUGCUGGAGAGUGAUAUAAUGACAGAGGAUGAUGCAGCGUGGCCUGUUCCAGAUAGAGUUGGUCGUCAGGAGCUCGAGAUUGUGUGUGGAGACGAACACAUCUCAUUUACAACUUCUAAAAUAGGAUCCUUAAUUGACAUUACCAACAGCAAGACAUAUUACUACCUCGUUCAAGAUCUCAAAUGUUUGGUGUUUUCAUUGAUUGGGCUGCAUUUCAAAAUAAAACCUAUCUAA